AUGUCAUACAGAAAAUUUUUGACUAAUUCUUCUCAAGCGCUUCAGGACUACGAGAUUCACAAAGAAAAUAGGCAGAGCGAAAACUACGUCACAUUUAAAGCAACUCUAAAAGGCGAUUUUAACCAACAUUUUUACAUUAGGAGAGAAACCUUUGAGAAGUCUGGUUUGAAUCUUGCCAGGUUUGAUGGGCUUGUUCGGGCAAACCAAGAAGGAAUAGUCAAGGCAAGCAGGAUUUUUCUGGAAGAAGUGAAUUCAAUGAUAAUGAUGUUUAUCAUAGAGCCAAUGCCUGGACGUGGAAAAUGCGAGCUUCUUUCAAGUCUUAUCCAAAAAAAUCUACUUUCAUAUUCACAAAAACAAUCCCUCUUUCAAAGCAUUGCAGCUACUGUAGACUCUUUGCAUUCAUUAGGCAUCUCUCAUCUUGAACUUUCUCCGAGAUCAAUCAUAAUUGAAGAUCAAACAGUUCUCCUUCGGCCUUUCAAAAUAAAUCCAGAUGCUCAAAAUGAUAGCUUUUGGUACUCUCCUCCUGAAACUUUAACUGAAAGCUCAUUUUUUGCUGGCCAAUUUUCCAGUGAUGUGUGGGCAAUUGGGUGCAUUUUUGCUGAAAUUUUUAUAAGUUUGACUCCUUUGUUCCAGGCACCUGGGAAAAAGGAAAAAUUGUUGAAGAUGUUUGAAAUUUUAGGUAUCCCACAAUAUCAGGAAGUUGAAGAAUAUAUGCCAUGGGAAAUGUAUAGAGAGCUCAGGACGUUAGCAAAGCAGAAUAUUGAACCUCUUAAACAUUUGCUGUUUGGAAGCUUGACUAGCAAAGAAAGAGAGCUAGUCACUAAAAUGCUAAGCUUUAACAUUGACAAAAGAUCAACAUGCAGAGAAAUUGCUGGAUUUCCAUGGGGAAGUGUAGAAUAUUCAAGCGCAAAGGAUGAUUCAGCACAGCCAAUUUAUAAUUGUUACGAGGAAGUAUUGAAAGGCCCGUAUGAGUUUUGUGAAAACACUCGAAUGACUUCAGGAAUUUCAUCCCUGCAUUCUUCUUCAAUUAAUCCAUUUACAGGGAAAUAUAGAACCUCAGAGGUUUAUAAAGAAAAAGAGCUUUAUGCUGAAGAGAAAGUUGCGACGCAAGGAUUUAACUCUUUUGCCUCAGAUCAGGAUGCUAGAAAAACUCCAUCCAUGCCAAAUCACAUCAGAAUUGUUGAAGACGAAAGAAGAACAGUUAAAGCAAACACAGAGCCUCAAAGGCCUAUUGAUUCCCCAGCUUCACUUCCAAAGCAGAUGAGGGUUUCUGAAUUAAAGCCUGCAGAUAAUACGCUCACCGUUACUGUCCAUAGAGCUAAAAACAUGGAUCUUUAUAAAUAUGACAGCGACAAUAUCAAACUCUCUUUUGAAUUUGACGUCAAUACUUGUGGGGUUCCAAUUAAGGCGAAAUCUUCUUUAUUUCAAGCCAGCUUAAUGAUUCCUGUCAAUUUCACACAAGAAUUUCAGAUAAACUCAGAACUAUUCAAAAAGAAUUAUAGGCAUGAUCCAUUGGUUAUCAGUGUAAAUCAAUGCAUUUUUGAUUUAUCAAAUAGGUGCAGAGAAACAAUGAUAGGAAUUUGUGAAGUGUAUAUUGGUCUUUUAUUUGCCUCUGUUUUGUCAACUGCUGAUGCAGAUUCUUCAGUGUAUGGGUGGUAUAGCUUAUAGCCCGAUAUAGAUUUCUUUAUUUGAGCAAAAUGUGAUAGAAAGUAAGGCAGCCAAUAAAGACUCUAUUAAAGGGAUGAGCUUGAUCCCUAUAAAAAAAAUGGCAUACUUAAUUUUUAACUCACUGUAGACCACUCUGAGAUAAGGCCAGGGUGGCCUUAUCUCAGAGUAGUCUACUAUUAUAAGAAAAAUUAAUAUUUUAAUAAGAAAAUAACUUAUUUUAUUAGUAAAAUUUUAGGUGGCCUUAUCUCAGGGUGGCUAGCAUUAAAAAAAAUAUACCACUCAUAAUAAGGCCAGGGGCAUUUUUAUAAUAAAUAAUGAAUGAAGAACUCCCGACAAAUUUAAAGAGAAGAAGAGAUAAUUGUAAAAAGCUUCAAAUUAUGCAACCUAAAAAGGCAAGAAGGAGAAAAUAUUGGAUUUGAUCAUUGUCCAAGAUUUAAGGAUUUAAAUUUAUAAAAAAUUUUUACUUUAAUUUGAUUUUGUAUGCCACUCUGAGAUAAGGCCAUCCUGGACCUUAUCUCAGAGUGGUCUACAGUCAAAUUGUUUAAAUAUAAUUAUUAAUUUAAUUUUCAUAAUAUUUAAAAUGGCAAUUACCUCAGUCCUGAUCCCCCAGGCUAGACCCACAAACCAAAUUCAGUGAGAAAAGUCAAACUUCUUGAGAGCUUCGGCUUGAAGAGAGGUGGUCUGUGCUGAGAAUUGCACAGACUAGAGGAGUCUGAAAGGGCUUGAUAACUUUAACGGUUCGACGGUUAGGCCGGUUCGCCUACCGUUGUUCAGAGAAAUUCAUUAAAUUAUUUAUAUAAAUUUAAGUACCCAUAUUACCUUAGCUAUUAUUUUUAAAUUCUAUCUUUUUUUUUAAAUCAUCUUUGUUUUUAAAUCAAUUAAUAAAUAAUAAAAAUAAAAUGAAGAAGUUAAUAUUCUCAAAAUGCUACUCUCAAGGUGACAUCAUAUAUAUUUGCAAUAAAAAUCGCAUCGAAGGAGUCCUAAAAUGAAGCACAUAUGAAAAAGUCCUUCGUGUUGAAUGCGAUCCCUAAAUACCUAGGAUCAAUACAAAAUUUUGCUUUUAUAGAACAUUUGAUCUCAAUCAAAUUGGCAUUGCUAAUUUAAAAAUCUACCGUCCGCAAAAAGCAACUCGAUUGAUAAUUUUUAAUUUUAAAUCGAUGUUAAAAUUUGCUAAAGAGCAUCAUAUUAAUUAAUCUAAUUUAUUUUAAUUUAAAUUCUCUAAAUUAGAGAGAAAAAGUAAGUAAGAUAUAUCAAUCCCACUACAAGUGGGUAUUUAAAUUAAAAUUAAUUUAAUAAUAAAGCCAUUUUAAAAAUUGGAGCGUUUGCUUGUCAACUUUUUCACGCUUGUCGACCAUUUUUUGAUAUGUCACUUUUUAACACUUCCUGCUAUAGAGAUCCAGCUCGUCCCUUUGAGAGAGUCUGUCUUGCUCAUUCAACCGUCCAUUACGUUUUGUUUGAUAAAGAAGUCUAUAUAGAGAUAUGAGCUAUAUCAUGUUGUAUCAACAAGUGGGCAGCCUCUUGGGCAGCUCUUAAUAGAAAUUAGAACCAGGAUUCCAAUAGUCCAGAUGAAGAGUGAAAGUGCAAACUUUGCAAGAGGGAAUAAACAAGAAGCUUCUUUGGAGGCUGAUAAGUCAUUACUUCAAGGGAUUGAAGAGAAUUUGUCAAAACUAAACAUCAAGCUGAAUAGCAAAGCAAAGGAAAGGGAGGUACAAGAAAAAUCGUAACUUAUAUUUAGUGAUGCUGAUUUCUCAGAAACUGUAAAAUUGCUGAGAAGACUGUUGCUGGAAAAAUCUUAA